CGGAGAACGCGCCGCGGUCGCGUCGACCGUUCUUUAGUCUUCACUCACCCUGGUGAUGUGUACGAGAUAUCGUCUUCGUUGUCGUCGUCGUCGUCGUCGUCGUUGUUGUCGUUGACUCGUCUGCAGCUGCUCGUCUGCCGAUUACCUCGCAGUGAAGCGCGUCCGAUAAAUUAUUACUUUUUUUUUUUCGCGAGUGCUACAGGCCAAACGCGGUGUUUUCGAUUUUUAUUAUCUUCGGGCAAAGUCUUAUUUCGUACGUACUAAAGUAGGUUAAUAUUUUUUUUUUAUAAUAAUUGUUGUUUUAAUCGCGAUUGUUUGAAACGACUAGGUAUAAUCGCUACAAUACAAUACAAUAUAAUAAUAAUAAUAAUUAUGACGGAUUUGAUAACGUGUGCGGAAUCCUACCGACCGUUGUCAUCACUCUUCUAAGUAUAUAAUAACGUUUUAACAUUAAUAUUCUUGUUUUCUUUUUUUUUUUUUCUUAUAUUAAUAUUCGGCUCGAAAUUUCGUCGUUUUUUAGACCCGACGCGCGACGUUGCGCUUUGCGAACGCGAGCGACCAAUUCGAGAGAUCCGCGCCGUCUCCGGGGAUAUUUAUAUGAGCUACUUCCCGGGCUCCGGCGAUUUGGCCGGUACGAUUGCUGCCGGGACGUACACCUUUGACGCGCACUCAUCAGCAGUACCCAAGGACAGAGUAAGUAAAAAUUGCGCAAAUCAACAUUAUUAUUAUCGCCUCUAUAUUAUGAUAUUCGCAUAAUUCACCGACGAUAACUGUAUAACUCGGUAACCAUACUAACUGUUAUAUUUAUUGUUGACUAUAUAUAGUAUAGACAGUAAUAUUAUAUUAUUCUUUUAACGAUUUCCUAAUCGUCGAAUUGAUAAUAGGUACAGGUAUUUGUGAUAAUAUAUAAUCCGGUAUAAUUUUAAUUGUGGCUGUGCGUAUUUUUAGCUAUACCUAUUAAUUGCAAGUUUGCUGGUUCGCAUUAAGUAUAUUUAUGGUCAUACGCGUAAUAUCAUAAUGAAUAAUAGUCGAGAGUAUAGUAUAUACCUAUACUUGAGUCAUUGUUACGCUGUUUUGUUAUAGUGUAUACAUAUUUACUAUUUUCAUUAUUAGUCACAUUACUCAUAUAAUAGCGUUUAGUUUGUGUUAUUUGUCGUCACGAUACACUUUCAUUUAAAAUAUAAUAUAGGUAGUUGAUAUUUUUCAAAAAUAAUAUAAUUAUACUUAACGCGGAAAAAAAAAAUCUCCGCUUGAAUGAAAUAUCAAAUAAAAUGAUUAUACUGUCCUAUAUUCGCAAUAAUUGCAAGGUAUACUCAUGUUAUCUAUAACAUUCUAAAUAAAACGUAGUUUGGUUAUUUUUCGAAUGCGGAUACCUUUAUAUACCUACGCAUAUAUACGUAUUCUAAACUACUUACCUUCAUAAUAUACAACAUAAUAUCUAUAUUUAAUUUUAAUUUUUAUAGUUAAAGGUAUACCUACUAAAUGAUUCGAUACUUAACCUUGAGUUAUAAUCUUUAUAUUUGUAUGAAUGCAGUUUGUAGGUAUCAUAUUAUAUUAUAAUAUGUAUGAUAUUAUUCGAGAUACUAUUCGUAUUAUACCUAGUUUCGAGUUUGUAUUUUGGAUUUAAUAAAUAAUUAAUAAUAACACCCUCAGCUACAACCACAUUGUUUUCAGAACUGUUUUAUAAAACAAUAAAUCCAUACAAAUACAAAUCUUUAGUUAUACCUAUCUAUAAUAUAUUAAAGUUUUGAAGAGAAAACUAAAACUGUAUACUUUUGGUAUAUUUACGUAUUACCAAUACUAUUAUUAGUCAUAAUAUCAAUUUAUGACUAGACGUAAUAUAUGAUUAAACGCUAUUAUUGAUAGAAAUCGAAAAUCGGAAGGAAAAAAUAUCUUUCUAUCAACGUCUAUGAUUUGUAAUAAUAUUUCAAUUUCCUAAAGAUAAUAUAUAUAUAUAUAUUGAUUUCUUUUUCGCAUUCGAUAUCUUAAGCAUGUGUUAUAGAGUCGUUAACCAAUAUUGGAAUUUAUACUUAAUUUGUAUUUUAACUAUUGAAUUAUAUCGGCGGUGUGUUAUUAUAAAAACUUGUCGAAAAUAGAAAUCGAUCGAGUAUAAUAUAUGAUACGAAUAGUACGAUUUCUGGAACUAUUAUUCGGAAAAAAAAUUAGCCACGCGAAAACGUAAGACACACGACACGAUAUAUGUAUAUCAAUAAUAUAGCAGUGACAUCAUCACAUUGUGGCUAUUACGAAAUGUCCUAUUCAAAUUUGUUAGAAGUAAAAAAAAAUCUAAUUUUUUUUUUAAUUGGUUCAAUAACGUAUGGUCAACAUUAUUUUCUGAAAACCCAUGCCCUAGCGCAUGUGACAUAGAUAUGAUAUUAUAUUAUAACGCCAUCAUAAUGCACUCAUUGCACAAAUAGUUUUUUUUUUUUAGCGAUCUAUAUAGGUAUUUAUUUUUCCUUUAUGAUCCGUCUAUAUAUUAUAAUUCUAUGUAAUUAAAAAAAAAAAAAAAACUAUAACAAGAACCAAAAUUAUUAUUAAGUAUAUUUGUUUACUGUGUUUCCCAACUACUAAGCCAACUACAUGAAAAAUCAAAAAAUGACCUAACCGACUAGACAACAUUUUCCACUAGGAAUCACCCUGAAAUUUAUGAUCAGAGCAAGAUUUCUGUUGGAAAAAUUGUUAAUCAACAACAUAAAAUCUAUCACAUUUUAGACUAAAAGAAGAAUUAUACGAGGUUAGACUAUUUAAAAACAGGACUUUCAUCUUAUUACUUUUAAAGUAAAAGUUUUCAAACUUAUACUCAAACUUAAACGUUAUUACGGUAUCAUAAAUAUUAGACUUAGAUUGAAAUAGUUUUUCACUCUUUUUUUAAUAGGAAUAUCGACAGUGGUGCAGCCAGGAUUUUUAAUCCAAGCACGGGCUAUAAAUACAUUUUUGCCUAAGUCAUAGGUUUUGUGCGGGUGUGACCCCCUCCCCUCCAAAAAAAUAUUUUCGACAAUAUGAGUUUUUAUAUAAUACUUUCAACAUACAAUUUUAAAAAAGAAUGUAAUAAUCGAAUGAGAAUAUCAUAAUAUGUGUAAUAUCUAUAUAGAUAUAUACUAUGCUAUUAUAGUAGCAUAACUUUUAACUAUAAAGCAUAACGCAUUACAUACAAUAUAGGUACUUGCACUUAUAUAAUAGCUGGUACCUGUACUUAUUACAGUAGCCGCUCUGCAGGCAGCUGCAUCCUCCUAGGAGAAUUUUCUAGUAAAGACAGUUAUUAUAUCAUUUGCAUUAAUGUAUUUUUAAAUUUUGAACGAAGCGAGGAAUGUGUUGGUCUUAUAAUGAUUAUUUUUUUUUCUGUGAACAACUUUUGUACCAGAAAUGUCUCGCUUUAUGCUAUAGUAUAUUUUCUGAAAGAAAAUUUUAUCUGGGUGGUACUUUAAGUAAGUUAUUUUUUGAUUUUCCAAGCGGUAUUUUAUAAUAACUGGGAAAAACCGAGAAAAAACUUAGGAAAAAUGGAAAAAUAUUCGAAGUGUAUUAUUUUCAAUUUUUUUUUUUUUUGUCAUUCAAAUAAAAAUAUUCGUAGAAACUUGAAAUUUGGAAAAUAAUAUUUAUAUCUUAUAUUUGCUAGACGUGGUCAAAUUUUGAAAACAUUUGAACCAUUUUUGAGCUAUUUAUAGACAUUUUAAUUUUGAAAGUUUUUUACGUAAUUUUUAUUGAGUAUGUUUUUCACUAUCUCGGAAAGUAUACUUUUUCCGGAAUUCGUUUUCUAGAACAUUUAAGAAACAAGCUGCUCUACAAUUUUGUAUUAAUGUUAUUUUUCAGGCAAAAUCACUACCUUCUUUUGAUUUUCAAAUGGCAACCUAUAUUAAAAAUUCCAUAAAUAGAUCAAGUUAUUAGUUAAAAUUAGGCUGAGGGUUAAAAUUUUUAAUUUUUGUCAAGCCGUUAACGAGAUAUUUCACUUUUAAAUAUAAGUUGGAGGAGAGUAGUGGUGUAUUAUUAACAUGACCCAUGGGUAGGGGGACCAGGGGAGGCUACGCUACAGAUUUCGAUACAUUUUUCAAAAUUUUGAUCCUUGUGGUGGCAGCAUAGAAAACAAUAUUUUCUUAAAUAAAAAAUUCUAUAGUUAUUUUCAGAACUACAUUCGAAAUCCUACUGUUUUUCAAGCAAUUUUGGACAUUUUUUUCUAUUUCAGUGAUUGCUAAAGAUAUGUAUAUCUAGGUAUCUAAAAUUGUAAAAGUAUAAUUUUUUUUUCGAUUUUUCAAGAAAUUUAAAACGUUUAUUGUAGUAAUUACUUAAUUAUAAAUAGGCGAUUUUAUGAUUUUCUAUUAAUUUUUAUUUUUUAUUUAAGAAAACUUAUAAUUUGUACAGUUAGCAUAAUAAGUGAUCAUAAUGAUAUUAUUUUUAUUUGAUUUCGUAUGAAAAAGGAAACCAAUCCAAUAAAAAGAACCCAACGUGAGUAAAUGUUUAUAUUUAUAUUAAAUAAUUUUCCUCACGAUACAAUAUUUAAAUAACUAAUUUUAAAUUUCCUUUUCAGAAAGUAACUUGGUAAUUGGUAUAUGUAGGGAAGUGAUACAAAAUCAACUUUAAAACAAUUUUAGAACCACACAUAUCUAUUUCAAGACCGAAGUUGGGGAUUAGUUUAGGGGUGUAACAAUUUUUUUAAAUAAUUCAAAAUCUUUUUUUUACGCAUUUUACUAAUAUUUUCUUCUUUUAAAACAUUAUUUUUAAAUUGUUUUCUUUGUUUGGUGAUUUCGUCAUAGAUUCAUAUUUAUUAGUUAUUUUUAUUCGGAGCUUUAAAAAACACAAUUAUUUUGAUACCUACUUUUUGAGGAAAAUAUCUUUUUAGGUUUUUUUAAUAAACAUACAAUAAUUUAGAAGUGCAUGUUAAAGCAACUAACUAUAGUGAAAACACCUACCUAUAUGCAUGUAUACUUAAUUUAAUAUAUUAUUGCAAACAAAAAAUUAUUCUGAAUAUUUUACCAUUAUUUUCUUUAUUUUGGUUCAAAAUUGUACUUAUUUUUAGCUAUAAAUAUUUACAAAUUAAACUGUAUUAAUAUUUAGAAAUUUUUGUUAUUUUUAAGGAAUUUUAUUAUGACAUUACUCCAAAACUUAUUGUUCCUAUAAUCAGUAAUAACAACUUUUUGGGGCUUUUUACCGGGCAAAAAAAUAAAUAUUUUUCGGAGAGGGGGUCGUGACAUUUUUUUCAUAAACCCAAAAUGCUACCAAAAAUCUUCCAUGUUGUUUUCUAGCUUUUUUUUAUUUGAGCAAUAGUCUUCUUAGAAAUCGUGUUCACAAACAAUAAAACAAAAAAAAGUACUAAUAUACUGCUGAUAGGUGAUGUGUCACAGUUAUAGUUGGAAAUUGAGAAGAUAGAAUUUAUAAAGUUAUUUUAUCUGUGAACAAAAUACGAUUCUGAGCGUAAUAUUUACGAUGUUUGUCAAAAUUUUAUAUUGAAACAUUUAUAAAAAAAAAUCCUCUUUACUUAAAUUUGAUUAAAAAAUAUUACUUGAGAGUAAAAUUUACUCUAAAAAAACCCUCAACCUAUAUACGUAUAUGCUUCGCUCGGAAUAUAAAUUGACCACGUUAUGACAACAAACAAGAAAAAUUGGGUUUUACAGUUUACUCUUAUCAUCUUUCUUUUUUUUUCUGCAACUUAAAAAGUGUAAAUAAUAAUUUUUAAAAAAAACCGUUCAUGGAAAUGACAAAACAAUUUCAGAUACCCGAAUUAUGAUUUGUGAAGAUACUUUUCUAUAUAGUCUUUAGACAAAUGUUUUACUUAAUUUAAUUUUAGGCUAAAGACUAACCAACGUUUACUGCCAAUUUUAAAAUGAUAAUUCAUAAAUUGAAGAAAUUAUAAAUUUUUUAGAAUUGAUUAUUGUUUUUAUAUUAAAUUCAUAUUGUAUAACUAAUUCUUGCCUACUUGAUUAAAACGACUAUUUGACUAGUGCUAGUAGAUAAUAUAUUGGUAGUUAAUAUGAUGUGUGUUUUUAUUUGUAUCUGGAUGAUAUUAUUUUUAUUUAUGAAUCAAAAAAAAUCACAUAUAGUAACCGGAUCUAAAAAAAUGAUGAUAUUAGUGCUAAGCGGGUUUAGUCUUGUUGGUCAUUGUUGUUAUUAUACACAUUACACAAACAUUAUUACUAACUGAAAAUGGCAUGCACUAUUAUUUAUAUUGUGCAACAAUGCAACAUUCUUAAUAAAAUAACCUUCACCGAUUCAAUUUUAUCUAUUUUAGUACAUUUUUCGAAUAUUAUCUUAUUACAAAUAGAUUAACCGAAUAUAUUAUUAUUUUAGGUAAAAAUAUUCGUCCCAACAAAUUUCAAAAUAUUAUUUUAUUUAAUCAAAAUCGGAUAUAGUAAUAUUUUACAAGGAAUAAUAAUAUAUUAGUAAUAAUAUACGAAGUCGUAAUAUUCUACUAUAUUUAUUUUCAGCAGCUAACCAUACAAAAAGAUUUUUGUUUUUAUACUUUAAUUAAAUUUGUUUCAAUCCUUUUUUUGUAAAAUAUUUUGGAUCUAUUUGACGCACUGAGAAGGUCAUAUUUUCAUUUUUCAAGCAGUUUUCAUUAUAAUCUGGAAAACCAUAGAAAAGGGACAAAUUUGCGACAAUAUACAAAUUAGGUAUUUGACAUUUUCGAAUUUUUAUUUGGUUUUAUGUGGAUAAAAUUGUUUUAGCUGAAAAGAAAUGCUUACAAAUUUAAUACGUGAUUUAUUAUAAGUUGUUCUUAGUGAAAAAGAAAAACAUUGAGUGGCAUGUGGUAGUUUUUUUUAAUAAGAACUUUAGUCUUUAAAUACAAAGUUUAACUAAAAUCGUAAAAAUGACGGCAUUUCAAAACAUGUAUAAUUAAAUUUCACUCAUCGAUUUUUGUUAAUAAAGGUUUAUAGUUGCAUGAAAAUAUUAAUUAAAUUUAAUAAGUAACUAAUACUAAUAGGGUGGCUGUCAUAUUUUACUAUAAUACUCCAAUAUCCAGUGGUAGAGACUACCAGUCAAUUUUCUAUAUCCCAAUCAGCAAUCUAAUGUCUAUUUUAUAAACCUGCUACAGGCGUCAAAAUUAUUUAGCUAUUUAUUCAUAUUUGAAUUCUAAACUGUAUCAGUGAUACAGCACAUAAAACUUAAUACCGACCACCCACUACCCGUUAACCAUUUACUCGUAUAAAAAUUCCCGAGAGCCAGAGACAACUAUUAUUGUUCUUAAAAGUAAUACUAAUACCUAUACAUUUUCUACGCCAAAUAUAGGUACCGAUGUUAGCCAUUAUAAGUAUCUUACAGUUUAGGUACGAAAUAUUUCAGAUUUGAUAUAUGCUUAUAGUUAUAUGCUUUUCUGAAAUUCGAAAUAUGUACCAGCAUUAUCAUAUCAUAUCUCCCCUCCUUCGUGGGUUAAAAUAUUAUGCUACGCUCAUUCAAGAAAAUUACAAUUUGUUUUACAUGAAAAUAUUUAUAUAUUUACUAGUGUAUAUCUGUAAACGUAGAAAUCCUAGAUUAAUCACUGCAUAGCAGGUCCUUAGUUUUAUUAUUGCAGGGUUAAAUAAAUCGAAACACUGAUAUAGCAGCAAACAAUCCCAAAAAUAAUCAAAAAAAUUAGGAAUACAGAAAUUUUAAUAAAAUCAUUUACGGUUUACUUUUUAUAAUAAUUUGUUUUGUUUUUUUAAUAACUUUUAGUGCAUUUAAUUUGGCUACAAUUUUCAAGAUAAAUCAUUUACUCAUUUUGAAUUAUUUUUAUAAUAUACUUGUUUCAAAGUAACAUUGAUACUAAUUCAGUGCCGAGUCGUUCAACCAGGAAAUUAUAAGUUUAUUAUUCUUUUCCAUACUAGUCGUGUAAACAAUUUUGCUUUGCAUGUACAAAUUAUAGAAGAAAACAAAAUUGUUUGCUUAAUCUAACCUCUACCCAUUAAAAAUUAAUAUUGUUUUGAAUAUGAUUGUGUUAUAUUUAUCACCCUAACCUUUAAAUAAUAAAACCUUAUGAGUCAGUUAAGAAAUUAAGUUAGCUCAGUUGUUAAACAUUUUACAGUAUAAUAUUCUAAAUAUGGUAGUUAAGAUAAAAUCAUUAAAUUAGUUUUUAAUUGGUGUUAAGCUAUUUAAUAUUAUGUUAAUUAAUUUGUUAAUCCUCUCCCUUUAUUAAAAUGUAUUAAUUAUAACUAUAACUUAUAAUAAAUGAUAAAUAGGGCGAAUCUUUUAUCAUGAACCAGUAAUAAUUUUGGAGGAUUUAAAUUAUUUUGUUUAAAUUGAAAUCAAUAAUAUGAUUUUAUCGUGCUAUAUCGCGUAAACCGGACAGGGACGUAUUGAAAAAUUCGGGACAAAAAUGGAAUUUUAUCGCAAAAUGUAGGUAUGCUAUGUAGUAUUUGAAAGUGAUUUCACCCCUUAAAAUAAGAGUGACAAAAAUAACUAUUAUGUAAUAUUUUAAAUGAUCUAAAAACAAAUUCCUAAAAAAGUUAACGCUCUCCGAGAUAAUGUGUGUCUUACGUUAUGUUGAUCAUCCUGUUUAUUAAUAAUAGUGAUGAUAAUAAUAAUAAUAGUACAUUUUAGUUUUUGUUCGCAAGUCGCAAAAUAUUGCUGAACUUUUAUAUUUUGGUAGUUAGUUAUAAGUUAAAUCUAUCUUGUUAACCACUAUCUACAACUGUAGUACCGUAUAAUCGAAUUCAUAAUAACAGCCUUAUGCCAUAGGCAUUUUUUUUUAAGCAUUUAGAACUAUCCUUUCUAAAGUGGCUUUAAUUAUGAGAUAAUUUAAAUUUUCAAACUUUUCCCUUUAGUUACACUAUAAGGACUAUCUUUAUGUCAAAUUUCACGUUUCUACCCAUACGGGAAGUUCCUUAUAAUUUUGAUGAUGAGUGAGUGAGUGAGUGAAUAACAAAAAUGCGUUAUACUCAAUGGUGUUUCCAUUAAUUUAUUUGAAUAUAUACUGUAACACCCAUUUUUAUAUCUUUCUUAUGGAUUACCUAUAUUGUUUAUAGAGAAAAAAAUACCAAUUAUACAAAAUAUAAAUUAAAAUUACUAAAACAAAAUACUCCACAUUUUUAAAAAUAAAAUACUGUAUUAUGUAUCAUAAAAAAAUUAUAAAAUGUUCAGUUAUAAUAAUUACGGAAAUAAAUAAAAUGAUUAUUACUGUUUCGGUUUUAGUGACAUAAUAGUGGUGUGAACAGGUCAUGAUAAUAAUAUAAUAUCAUGACUGAUUUUAGAUUCUUAGUGGAGCGAAGAAGCUUAUGAAUUUAAAAAGGUUUUUUUUUUCUGUGGACAACCUUUCUACCAGAGAUUGGAGGUACUUUAGGAAGAUCAUUUUUCGAUUUUCUCAAGAUUUUUUUCAUCAAAUGUAAAAAACCGAAAAAAAAUGGGAAAAUAUAAGAAAUUUUUUUUAGCUACUUGAGAGUAUACGUAGUAUACCCAUGAUUUUUCAAAAAAAUGUUGAGAGUAUACGCAUAUACACCGCUGGGUAUACUUACCAUGAAAUUCUCCCCUUUUGAACAGACUUAACUAAAUGGCUAAAUGUUUUAUAGUGUCCUAAUUUACUUAAGCUUAAUUUAUGUUUUAAAUUUCAAAAGUCCAUCUUAAGAGGAACAAAAAUAUGAAAGCGAGAAAAACUUGGUAAAUUGGCUCUAUAAUAAGAAAAUUUACUGAAAUUCUAGCUGAAACUUUGCCUGGGCAAUGCCGUAUGCUCAGAUAAAGGUUUAAAAAUAGUUAUAUGUAAUAUAAUAGCUUAUAAUAUUACCUGUUUAUUUCUCUUUUAAUUUUAACAUUAUGUAUAUUUCAGAAUAUUAUCAAAAGUGAAACUAACUAUCUUCAAGAUGUACAAGAAGAUUGUUUUUACACCGAACAAAGUACAAUUAUACAAAGUAAGAUUUAUAUGAUUACAAAUUAGACAUGGAACUAGGAUGUAGGUAUCAUUAAAAUUUGCCAAUUUCUUAUUGUAAAUAAUAUUUUAAUUAUAUUGUUAUCUAUUCGUUGAUUUUAAAUUAAGCAAUAAAGUAGUAUAGCUUCCAGAUGUAGUUAUCAAAUCAACUUUCUAGGAAUAUCCGUUUUAAUUUUAAAAUGUAUAUCGAUAGUAUAAACGCCGUAUCGAUAAAUUAUAUAUCGCCGAAAAAUGUUCAAGUUUAAAAUAAGAUUUUUUGUUUGUGGUUUUGUAAAAAAUGUAUACAUUUUGAUUUUAUAUUUUUUACUCUCCGGGCACGUUCUUGAUGAUAGGCGAAAACCCGUGUGUAAUCGAGUUUAAAUGUUGGGGAAAAAAAUGUUCCAUAAAAGUAUUGUCUACAAAAUUUAAAUUAAUUAAUUAUUGAUUUUGGAUAAGAAAAUCAAAAAUACUAUAAUAAUGCGUAGAGGCAAAAAAUAGUUUUAAGACACACUUUAAAUUAUGCCACGGUCACACGGUGAUAGUUAAACGUGAUAUUUGCUAUCAUGAUAGUGGAAAAUAAGAAAAUAAGAACUAAAUCUUUUGAUUGCGAAGCUUAGCCCGGAGUAUAAUGUAAUAGAUCAUGUAUAUUUGACCAAAUUUGGUUUAAAAAAUCAUUAACAAGUAACACUACAAUAAAGGUAAAAAAAUAAAAUGCGACUGAAUAUAAAAUCAAAAUGAAGAAUACAUAAAAAAUGUAACCAUUUAAUGUAUAUCUAAGAGAGUCAAUUUUUUUUAAUAGAAAAGAUCGGUCACGUUCAGGGAUUUAAUGAAUUUUCCCGAAAUUAGAAAAAAUUUUCUCUAAAACGUUCGUUAAACAAAUAAUUUGUUUUUAAAACUACCUAUCGAAAUGUAUAUAGUAAACAUUUUAGUUUAAAUAUAUCUAUUAUCUAUUUUAUUCACUGAAAAACUUAAUUUAAAACUAAAUUAAAUAAUGUGUAAAUAUAAGAAAAUCAGCAAAUUAUAAUAUACAGUCGACCGAAUCUUAAAAUUUAAAACAUGUGUGUUAUAUUGGGAAUAAAGUUAGCUAAACAAUAAAAUAUUAUUUUCUAAAAAAAAACAUGUAGGUACAUAUAUUUAUAUAUAAUUUGUCUGUAAAAUAUCAUGUGUAAUAUUCGCCUGAAUAAGUUUGUUUCUACUUUUGUUUUAUUAUUAUUAUUAUUUCUUUAAACGUGAGUGACCCGAGUGAGUGGGUGCGGUUAAAAAGUUUUUUUUAUUUAUUUUUCUUAUUUUUUUUAUAUAGUGGUUCAGAAUAAUGUGUCAGACGUGUAGAGGAGAGGUGGCCCAGAAAAGGCGGUUUCGUCACGUUUUGAUCAUAAAUCGGUGGGGAGACGGGAGUGGAGGUAUCAGUAGUCCUGAUCAAGAGGUGAUGGGAGAGGGGCGUACUUAACGAGGACCAUUUUAAUGAUCUGUUAAACGCCGUGGCUAGUUCCUCGAAUAGAGUCCAAUACGACGCCAACCACUAGACAUGGAAUAAAAUAAUAUAUUAUUUUUUUAUUUUUUUUUUUGUGUUUUAAAAUUGCAUAUCAACAUAGUAGUAUUAAUAUUUCAUUACUACAGAUGAUAUUUUUACAACAAACAAAUGAUAUAAAAUCGAUAGAAUAUAAUUUACAUAUUAUUAUAUGGGUACCUAUGCUUAGUAUGAUAAAUGAAUUUGUUUUAUUCUUUAUGAAAUAAUAAAUAAUAAUAAUAUCAAAAUUAUAAAUACGUUACUUAAUAAAGUUGAAAAAUCGCGUGUCUUGUUUGUAUUACUAAUUUUUGUAAGACAUCAGACAGAAAUUUAAUUCUUAUCUUUUAUAAGAUCGUGUGUGUUUUUUUUUGUUUUUGUUUAUUGUGUUUAUAUAAAUAUUUACGUUAAAUACUCGUAUUUAUAGUUUUGGAAAAUAUGCUUUCGAGUUUUUUACGACAUAAAAUCGAAAUGACCCUUUUUAAGCCAGCCGCUGCGUUUAUACUGUUGAAUACGUUAUGCCUAGUUUGUUGUUUUAAGGUUUUUUUACAAGUUAUAAACUAUAAUGUUAUAAGUUGAAAAGGCAAUAAUUUCGCAAUGAGUAAUAUUUUACCUAGGACUCUAUUCUCAAACUCGUACGAAUAGAAUCCGUAUACGAACUAUAUACUUACUGUAUUUCUAUGAAAUACGAAUAAAAAUAUAAAUUUUCAAACUAUGUACUCGUAUCCAUGUACGCAGGGGUGGUCAAAUAUGGGGGAUGAGGAAGACGUAUUCCUCCCAUUAAGUCAUUUUUCUUAAAUAUUUAUAAUAAUAAACAGAGUGAUUAUUUAAGCACGUAACUACUCACCCCAUUUGUAUGGUUAAAUUACGCAUACAUUCAAAUUCUGAUAUUUGGAAUUUUUAUAAGUGUAGCGAAGGACGAUAUUUUCGAAUACUUAGAUUUUUUGCAACACUUAAGAAAUAUUCUGUGAUAAUACCAACUUUAGUUUUUCUAAUGAGAACCUACAUUUUUAAUGCAAAUUGGCAAUCGGAUGAUAUGUCUAAAAACGUUGAUAUAUUUUAAUCGAAAUUUGAACAAAAAAUAUCUGAUUUAUUCUAUUUUAAGUACUAAAGAAUAAUAACUGCGUGAUUCAAAACAAGAAAUUAUCUAUACACAUGAAACAAUUGGUAUUCAAUCCCCAUAAAAGAAUCUUAUCCUUAAUAUUUAAAGCAGAAUAACUCAGAAACUCGAUUCCAAUACGUCGACAUUUUGAAAAAAAAUUAUUAAUUUGCAUCAAAACAUGUAGGAUCUCAUUUGAGAAACCAAUGUUCUUAUCACCGCAGGAUACUCCUUAAAAUUACUCAUUUAAUGACAUUUAAUGUUAUGAAAAAUCUAAGUAUGCAAAAAUAUCAUCGUCCACUGCACUUAAAAAAUUCCAAAAACAAAAAAUUUAAAUUUAUGCAAUAUGAGCCGAUUUAAAAAAAAUUACCCCGUAUAUUAUAUGAUAUCUUUAUAGGUAUAACAAAAAGAUCAUUAAAUAAUAACAGUGCUUAAAAAUUAUCCUUUCAUCCCCCCCCUGCCACCAUGACAAAAUCAUUUAACCACCACAGCGUAUACGUAACUUCGUCCGGAGGAAAAUGAUAUUCCAAUAAAUGAAUUAAUAUGGCAACGUCGUAAUAUAUUUAAUUUAUUAUUGAUAACGUAUCAGAGACAAUUUACUUUAAAAUUGUCUUAUCACUGUCAGACAAUUUUCAAGAUAAUAUCGGGUGAUAUUUUAUCUUAAUACUUCUGUUAUUUCAAAAUGAUACCUUAUCGUGGCGGUGAGCAGACAUCAUUAUUAUUGUGGCUGUACAGACGAGAUAGGUAUUUACUUUGAUAACUCAUUCUACUUCUUUACUUCAGACAGCAAAAUGUGCAUAUACUUUGUGUAAUAUUAUUAAUUAUAGGGAAAAUAUAUGCUCAAUAACAAUAAAUAUUUUAGAUUUUGAGAUGCUAAAGUGUCAUUUUGUUCCAUAGAAAUUUUGAUCCACGGGAACAAUUUGUUCUCAUUUGUUCUCAUUUUGGGAUUUUUGUUCCAUUGUUCCAACAAUAUUUUGGUUCUUUUAAUAUUUUCACACACAUAAAACAGAACUGUCUGUUGCUUUUGAAAAAAAAUAAAAGUGGAACUAAAAACUAUAUAUAGUGUGUUUAGGAGUUUCCAUUGGGGAUGAAUAGGGUUGAUUAAAAUUGUUAUUUUUGACUAGAGAAUUACAUCACAUCUUGAAUUUAAACUAUCAGUUGUAAGUUAUGAGGGGCUGGGUUUAAAUGUGAUAAAUCUCCCCCUCUUUGAGCACGUCCUUGGUGCAAGUUAGGUGUCUUUGGGAGCCCAAGGCAAUGGAAAUGUCGGGACCUUCUCGUAAAUGAUCUGACGUUUUACCAAUUAAUAAUUUUAAAUUAAAUUGUAUUUUCAAAAAAUAUAAUUUGCUUAUAUUAAAAAUUAUACAAAAUUUAUUUAAGCUUGUCUAUCGUAUAUAUACAUAUAUAUGUACAGAGUGAUUCACUAAGCGUAGAGUAUCAUUUGUGUGACAGCACGGCACGUGGCGUUUUAUUAGUACUCCACUAUUUUCCUCCUACCUAAACUUAAAAAUGGAAUAUGUCGUCAACGGGUUGACAGAAAAAAAAAUGUUAACACCAAAUUGUAUUUAAACUAAUAUUAAAUCUCUUUAUGUAUUUUUUAAUAAAGGUUCUUCUUUUAAAAACCAAAGUUAAUUUAUCAUAUUGCAAUAUUAUUCAAAUUUGUGUUUACGCCACAGGAGACGAUAUAGACAUAAACGCAAAUAACACCAAUGAGGACAAUAAGCGGCCCAACUACUUUCAAGACCCACAUCAUAAUAUUUCCGUGCACGAAACGUCUACGACGGAACUCAUGCCGUUAACGAUUUAUCCCGCGGAAAACGAUUUACAGUAUAAUAAAUUGAUGAACUAUAUAAUAUUAUCUACUAUGUCUAUAAUAUACUUGAUAUAAUAUAAUGUUAUUAUUAUUAUUAUUGUGUAUAAUUAAGAGGACGCGAUACACUCAUUUGCAGUCUCUCUCGUACAACAUAGGGAAUCUGCGUUAGCGCUUUUCAUUAUAUAAUAUAUUAGAGUGACCUAUUAUUUAACUUAGAAUGAGAACAUUAACUGUACAACCAUUGCCGAAUGGUUGCCAGUGCCAUUUAGAUUUUGAAACGAGUAUAUAAGCAUUUUUAAACUGUGUUAAUUCGCAUAAUAAUAUCUCGCUUUAAAAUUAAGCUACCGUAAAAUACUUAGUUGUUGUUCUUAUACCUUGACGUCUGAUAAUAACAGAUCGAUUCAAUGUAAUGUAUUUCAACUAACUACACACAGUUGUCCCUGCUGAACGCGAAUUUGCUAUGUCGUACGCACGUAUAAGACGGAGACAAUACACAUGCGGGUAUCACGUACUCUUAAUGAAAACCAAGUACGAUUCGUAUAUUUGAAUACGUUUAGAAACAAUGGCGGUGUACUUACGGGCGACGUCAGUAGCAAUACGGUUACUUCGUUGGGGUCUCCGGAGGAACGUUCGCCGUCGUCCACGGACCAACAGCAACAGCAAUCUCAGCUGCAACCCGCCGCUGCCGCCGCCGCCGCCGUGGCGAUUUUGCCCGCAACCGGCUCGAGUAAACCACCGUACUCGUACGUGGCUCUGAUCUGCAUGGCCAUUCAGAAUUCGCCGUACAAACGCGUCACGCUGUCUGAAAUUUACAAGUACAUCACGGCCAAGUUUCCGUUCUACGAGAAGAACCAAAAAGGUUGGCAGAACUCGAUACGACAUAAUUUGUCGUUAAACGAAUGUUUCUUGAAAAUACCAAGAGACGGCGGCGGCGACAGAAAGGGCAACCAUUGGGCUUUGGGUAAGUACAAAAUAUAUCUAGUAAAUUUUUUUUUUCUACUUCCUAUUGCGGUCAAAUACUUCUAUAGCUUUCUUCUGAUCACAAAUAAAAAGUUUAUUGGAACACAUUUUCACAAAUAUAAUGUAAACCGAAGGGCCUGUUUAAAAAAAUUGUUGUUUCGGUGUGUACACUAUACUCGCACCAUCAAAUAUGUAUAGGUAUCGAAUCUACAUAAUACAUUUGUGAAGUAAACACUAACGCUUUAAAACGAACAAACCUAAAGCUGUAUUAAAGAAGGGCUAAAAAGACUAUAACCCAGGGUCCCUCCAGAAAAAUGUUGGAAUUUUAAUUUGUCUACAAUUAUCUCAUUAAUAUAACUCAAAUAAUAUAAAUUUUAAAAAGACCUGAUACUGCUGACAGAUGUAUCACUGUUGUGUGUGAGCCCUUGAGAAUGUCGAAUACAUGCAGUUAUCUAUAAUUUAUAUCUAUAUGUAACGAUAAAAUCAUUGCUAACGAAUUACGAUUUUCGUACAAAUUAGAACUUUAAACACUCAUAAAAAAACCUACUAAAUUACGCUCAAUUUUUAAAAGUACAACACAUGAUAACUUCUGGUACAAUUUUCAAAUAUUUUUGCUCAAAUAAAAUAAUAAUUUAGUCCAAAUAAAACAUAAAAAAAACUCUAUAAUAUCAGAUGCCUUUCAAUAACUGAAAUUCGCCCCAGGUACUCUAUGAAUAAAAUUGUCGGACUAAACAAAAAUGAUUGAAAAUUUAACAGGAGGUUCAUUAUAAGUUGUACUUUGUAGUAAAAAAAAAAUUGAGUUUAAUAUAGUACUUUAUUUUUUUACGAAUUUCAAUAUAAAAUGUUGACGAAAUUCGUAAAUAUUAUGGCCUUUCAAAACAUGUACAACCGAACUUAGCUCCGAAUCAUUUUUCGUUAGCAAUUGUUUAUAAAUAAAUUCUUCUCUAUGUUCUACUUUCCCAACUUAUACCUACAACAGUGGCCCGUCCGUCGUGCGAAGCAUAUCUAUUUUUUUAUUAUACUUGUAUUAUUUUAUGUUUAAGAGUCAAAAAUAUCAAUAUGUACGCCGUAUAUCAUACGUGUCUUGUAAAUCUUAAAGAAAAUAUAAUUAAUGUUUCUGUUAUAAUUAUUUUGCUAGUAUUAAAGUAAGCAAUACUAAUUUUCGAGCUAAGUGCAGUGAAAAAAUUGGAUUGGUUUAACGAGUUAAUGAAUAAAAUAUUCCUUAAAAUAAUUUGUUGUUCGGAACAACAAUGUAUGAAACGCUCAAAAUAAAAUACAGAUUACAGUACCCUUUGCCAUAUUAUGCCACUUUAAAUCCUGAUCUCAGUAAAUAAUAACUAAUAAGUCCGUAAAAUCUUCGAAGUUCUCUUAUAUUUUAGGUAUUACCGUUAGGAAUAAUAUUUUUAAACAAAGAUAAUGAAUAAUAAUACAACGAGAUCUGUUCAAAACGUCAUACUAUUUUAGUACCUACCAUUUUACAAUUAAAAUAAUUUACAUUAAAACAAAUUUUUUAUUUAUAUCCACAUUUAGGUCAUCGCUAAACUAUUUUUUUUUAUAAUACAAAUAAAUAAACAUGUUUUACCAUUUUUUAAAUAUUAUAUAGGUAUUUUUAAAAUUCUAUUGCGCAAGACUAUAAAAACGUUUUAUACUCGUUUAGCUAAUAAAUUGUAUUAUAAAAUAUAGAAUUAGUAGUCUAUCAACUACCAACUACAUAAUAUAUUUUAAAAUAUUCAACGUUUCUAUACAAUUUUUCCAAAACUUAUAAUAAUGUCUUAACUAGUUUUGAUCGCGAGCGAUAAAGACUAUAAAAUUGCAUGAUUUUGUUUUGUUUGUUAUUAGUUUAUUACAUUGAAACGACAGCUGAUGGUUUUAACAAUAUGUAAAAAACUGCUGCUCUGGCAAUAUCGAAAAUAUGAUAAAGAUUUGUUUGGGUGAAUUGUGCUUAGCUCACCAAAACACAGUAUUCAUUACGUUUCAAUAAUGUCAUUAUGCUUUUUAUUUAUUAUUAUUAGGCCUAAUAUUAUAGUCCAGGAAAAAAUUUGAAUUACCCGCUUUAUAAGCACUUUUUAUUUCAACUCCUUUAUAAACCGUUUAUGUUAGAAAUACUACUAAUUAUAUUAUAUUAUUAUAAUAUAUUAAUAUAUAUUAUAUUUUAGAAAUGAGUUUUAAUUCUAUAUAGGUUAAAAUACCAUAACUUAGUUAAUACUUAAAUAGUAGUGAAAGAAAGUGCCAGGUGAUUCAUUUAAGUGGGUACACUCAUUAUCUCGGAAAGUAUAACUUUUUCCGGAAUUUGUUUUCUAGAACAUAUAAUAAACGAGCUGCUCUAUAAUUUUAUAUUUAUGUUAUUUUUGUCACCCUUAUUUCGGUGGUAAAACCACUACCUACUUUUGAUUUUCAUGUGGCAACCUAUAUAAAAAAAUUCUAUAAAUACAUGGAGUAUUAGUUAAAAUAAAUUUGUGUGUUGCAGUUUUUGAUUUCUGUCAAGCCGCUUAUGAGAUAUUCCACUUUUAAGUUUAGAUUGGAAGAGAACAGCAGUGCAUUAUUAACAGUGGAAUGUCUCAAUACUCUUUCUAUUUAUGGCAUUUUUAAUAUAGAUUACCGUUUUAAAAUCAAAAGUAGGUUAGGUUUUACUCACAAAAUAAGGGUAAUAAAAAAUAACAUAAAUAUAAAAUUGUAAAGCAGCUGGUUUAUUAAAUUUUCUAGAAAACAAAUUUCGGAAAAGUCAAUACUUUCCGAGAUAAUGAGUGUACCCACUUAAAUAAAUCACCCAGUAUAUAUGAAAAAAUUAUUUUUAAUUAUUAUUUUAUUAUUAUUAAUUAUUAUUUUAAUAAUUAUUCAUAGAUAUUACGGCUGUUUAGAAAAAAAAAAAACAAACAUAAAACGUAGUAAGAUAUAAAUUAGAAAUUCGGUUAUUAAAAUAUUUACUGUCACUGUAACUACUCUAAUAAAGAGACAGACAGUGAAAAUCACUAUAGAAUUCUUUAAAAUGUCGUAUCAUUCAAUACUAGAGAAUACGGGAUGUACCAUUUACUAGAGAUUAAAGUAGUAUAUUCAACGGAGAUACUGCAUAAUAGUUUCUCAAUGGGAUUGGAAGCUAUGAUUUUAUAUCUUUGUCUCACACACGUGCGACAUAAGAUUUUAAACAUUUUCUAUUUGCAACGUACCAAUUGAUCUAGGGAAACGAUAAGAAUUCUGAAAGCAGAUUUGAGUAUGUCAUCAACUUUACUGGAGAUCAAAUUUCUCACUUUUUUAAUUUUAAUUUCUUCAAAAAUUAAAAUAUUCUAUUUUUUUAAUUACUUCUUUUUUAAUACUUCUAGAAUUUAGAGAGACAAAAUCAAAAAUGUGGGAAAGUCGAUUUCAAGUAGACUUGACAUAUUCAAAUCUGUUUUCAAAAUUCUUAUCACUUUACUAGAUUAAUUGGCACGUUGGGAAUAGAACACGUCUAAAUUCUUAUGUUGCACGUAUGUAAGUCAAAGACAGAAAAUAAUCGCUUUCAAUCUCUUUAAUACACUGAUUUCCAAAUAUGUAAUAUUUAUUCUAUGUACUAAAGUAAUGAUUUCAAAGGAAAAUAUAGAUAGAAAUUGAAAAACUAAUUUUUCAGACACAUUUUUGGAAAUAUUGCUUGUCAAGUCUUAUAUUUAGGUUGGUAAUAUAGGUAUUAAAUUAAAUUAUCUAUCAUUAAUAAAUCGGCCAACAACGAAAUAAAAAAAUAUAGAUAGGUAGUUCGUAUUUAUAUUUUUGAUUUGCAUAAAUUAUUAUCAUUAUAGUUUUCAAUAAUAAUAAUAAUAAUAUUAUUCAAUUUUAUUUUAAUUCGAUUUUUCAAAAACAUCAAAUAUCAACAUUUUUAAUGGGAAUUUAUUAAAUUAAAUUAUUAAUUUAAUUAAAUUUAACUAAAAUAUUUGUAUUCACUUAGAAAUUAGUUUAAAACUUGUGCCAUGAUAUUGAAUAUCAUUCCUCACAAGUAGGUAUUAAUUAUGUAAUCAUGAAUUACACUAGAUUCUUUCUGUAAAACUUUGAAUUAGUUGUAUUCCAAAUAGGUAAAAACGUAGGUAUAGUGAAGUUUUGAAUGAACAUAAAACCAAAUAGUUUAAUAUAAUUUGAAUAAUUCAACAGUGUUUUGUUUGAAUUCUAUUUUUGAAAAUUCUACCAGCGGACGAGCGUUACAGAUUACCAAAUAACCAUAAUACUAUAUUUAUGUUCAUGCACUCGUGCAUUAUUUACAUAUAAAUUGGAAAGUAAUUAAAAUUACAAAAAUCUGAUAACAACAAAAACGGUACCUACAACGAUUUUUACUUUCAAACGGUAUACUAUUACUUAUGUAAAUGGAGGGGGGCUGUAUAAAUCGAAUAAUAAUAUACAGAAACAUGAAUUAACAUGUAUUAUUGAAGAUGAAUAAUAUUCGUGUAUAUCAGUUUCAAAUUAUACAACCUUUUGAAAAGAGAAUUAAAAUACAUAGUAAUUCAUUUUUAAUGGAUUAACUUUAUUUAGUAUUAUUUUAUAUUUAUAGUAUUUAUAGGUACCUAGUGAAAAUUAAACGAUUAUUUUUAUUUAUUAAAUGGCAAUUAUGUGGUUUUAUAUCUUUUGUAACAUUUUUAGCACGCUAUUUAUACACAUCUUUGUAAUUGUUCUGGACAAAUUUUAAGUUAUAACCCUUCAAUUUUAAUUAAAACUUAUUUCAUUACCGAAAUUUGUAAUUUAGCCCUGACUAAGUUAUCAGACAAAUUAGGUUUAAGGUGGCAGCCCCCCUCUCUCCAACACGGACAAAUGGAUCUGGACAAAGAAUUAAUAAGGUUAGGUAUUGUAUUUAUUAGAUUUAUACAUCUUUAUUUAUACAUAAAAAUAUAAUGAAUCCAACUUAAGAAGUUCUGUAUUACUUUAAAUUAAGUGCACAGGAAAUUAUUAUAUUUUAUUCAAAAAUUUUAAUUAAUCGAUAUACCAACUGAAUUUUUAUUAAACGGAAAAGAAAUAAUACUAAUGAAAAAUUGUUCAGGCGUCCCUGUCGCUAUGUAGUUUAUUUCAGUUUUUUGUCCAUACAGGAAAAAAAAACGAUAUGUUUUACGUAUUUGGAUUUUUGACGACGAACACAGUUUUGUAUUUAGUAUCUUGUGUAUAAUGUGAUAAAUAAUAUUUUUAAAAAAUGUAUCCUAGUGAGGAAUUGAUUAUUUUAAUAUUGAUCCCUUUUCUAUUUUUACAGAACAAAACUCAGUUUUUGUUAUAAACCUUUUAAAUUCUGAGCGAAGCUAAUAAUUCAUUGAUUUUACAAUGAUGUUUAUUUUUUGAUUUAUUUUUUGUGUGCUAUAGAUAAUUUUUUGAUUUUUCUCAAGUUUUUAUAAUAAAUGGGAAAAAACGGGAAAAUGUAAGAAAUGUAUUAUUUUCAAAUCUUAAAUAUUACGGCCUAUCAAAACAUGUAUAAUCGAACUCCGCUUAGAAUCGUUUUUCGUUAGCAAUGAUUAAUCAUUGCGUACAAAUAUAUAUUAUAUAUUUUCUUAUCUACCUUCACAAUUUCUCUCCUACAACAGUAGCCCGACUAUCGUACGAAGUAUAUCAGUUUGUUUUUUUUUUUUUUUUUUAACUUCAAAUGCCAGUCUUCUUAUUGUGCCCAAAAAUUAAAGAUGCGUUAGAAUUUAAACUAUAAAGUCAGUUAAGAAGACGUUGUAGUCGCAUCUACUGUCUCAGUCCAACUACCGGGUAAUAUGCAAUAAUAAUGCUUACGCAGAAUAAGUAAAACUAGAUUAAUUUUAUUUAAAGUAAAAGUACAUAUUUUAAAAUUUUGUUCUUUAUACAUUUUCUUAAUAAGUUAUGGUCUAGUUUUACUUAUUUUGCAUAAACAUUGUUUUUACGUGUUACCCGGUACUUGAACUGAGACAGUUGAUGCGGGUAUAACGUCUUAAUUAACACCGUCUAUAUGAGUAUAUAUGAGUUACUCUUUUUAUGAGUUUAUAUUAUGUAUGUUUUUGUUUUUCUCUUGUUUAGUGUUUAUAAUAAUACUCAUAAUGAGCUACCGCCCAAAGCCUAAUUCGUCAUUAACUUAGAGCUUUAGAGCUAGCUAACAAAUUUCGUGAAUAAUUUUACAUUUACUUACAAUUAAAGAGUUAUAACUUAAAAUUUGUCCGGAACGAUUCGGCCUUAGUGGGGGGGAGGGGGUUAAUUUCAUAGACGUAAUUUAUUCGAGUGAUUUAGUUAAUAUGAUUUAAUAAAUAUAUAUUCAAUACUAGUUAACCUACAUGAAUUCAUUGUAUAUUAUAUACUUGUUUCCAUUUAUUUCUUUUUUGUAUAAUCUAAUAUUCGAUAUUUAGAUUUACAUUGUAUAAUGUUUUGUGUAACUGUAUUUUUUAUCUCGUUGGGGUGUUUAAACUUUAUGUAAAAUAAAUAAAUAUCUGUAACUAUUAUUUAAUAUUUCGAUUGUCAAAAUCAUUCGAUUAUUCCCAUUACUACCAUUGAUGUCACCACUCACCCGUGCCAUCACGUAAUAUGAAUUAAAAACAUUAAGCAACUAGCGUCCUCAUGGUAUGCUAUUGAUCGGAUAUUCAACCGCCAAUAUUUAAAUUAAUGUUUUUAAUAUUAUUAAGAAUUAAGACAGACAAAUUAGUGUUACUUUUAUGCAGGUAAGUGUAUUGUGUAGGUAUAGGUCAAGUAUCAUGUAAUUUUGUAGUACAAAACAGACCACCGCCACUUUUAAGCGCUAGACUUCUAAUUUGGCUCAUAAAGACAAUGAUUUCACCAUAUAAAGACUAUGGUGCUACACUCAAUUCGUGGCACAUUCAAACAUUGAUAAUUUUCUUGACAAGCAAUAUUGUAAAUUGAAACGUUUGAGGUUAUGACGGUAAUGUUCUUAUCAGCUUCCCUUCAUCCGUCUAUUCGAUAUUACUAAUAAAAAUCGAUCUAGAGAUACAAUUGAUCUGACAUUAUCGAUUUUUAAAAUCGAUUAAUAGACUGUACAAAUUUAAUUUAAAUCGCCCAUCACUAAUUCGUGCGCAGGAAAAUAAUAUUUACAUAGGAAUGUUAUUUGUAUAGAAUGUUAUAAAACAAUGGUUCUCAGACUAGCAUGCAAUUCGCUUAUUCAAGUCCGAGCUCAUGACAGAGUUUGAAUCGAAAAUGAAUCCAGAUUUAUUUUGCAAAACUAUGUCGGAUUGGUCGUAGGUGACCUACCUAAACAGUGCGAUGUGAAAACGUCUACUUUACAAUAUAACAAAAAUAUGUUAUAAACCAACGAUUAUUAUUUUGUUAAUACUUUCCGAUUAUGACGUUCCUGUGUUAUUAUUUUCCUGUGUCUUAUGCGUACCCUUAAUUAUCUAUUUUUUGAAGAUAGUAUUUUUUUUGUAAGUAUUUAAAUGAUAAUUAUAUUUUGCUACGAAAAUUUUACUAGAUUACACAGUACUUAAAGUAGCCAAUAGAGAAUAAUUAUCUAAAAAUAGAUAAUUAGUACCUAUGCAAUUUUUCUUUUUAAAUAUUCUUCUAACAGUCAAUCGUCAGUGCAUAAGUACCUGCUUUUCGUUGCUAGUUUUAUAAUAAAUUAGUUAUCAAUAUUAGAUUAAUAAUUUUAUCUCGUGGACAUGAAAAGAUAAAAUAAUAUUCUUUUCGAUAUAAAUAUGAUUAGUGAUUAGCGUUUAACGGAAAAUGGUUGAAAUGUUUAAAAUAGAUUUGGAUCCCAAUUUAGAUUCUUUUUGUAGUAAAUUCCAUGACUAAAAACCCAAAAUCAUAUAAUAUUCGCUAAAAUAGGUAUCGAGGAUUAUUAAUUUAAAAAAUAUUAAAUCAGUGCCUACCAACAGUACCAACCCUAUAUUAUUACGUUAUGAAUACCUAAAUUAUAUUGUUUAUUUACUUGUCUCGUCUUCUAUUUAAUUGUUCAAACCAAGAAGUUAUGCGAAGUAUAAUAUUUCGUUUUAAACGUGAAUUCGGUUAAGUAGGUAGUUAUAGAUCGUAUUUCAUAAAAGUCAUGGGCUGUGCAUAAAAUAUUUAAAUACGAUAACAUUCUUUGACCUAUUAUUUGCAUUAUUUACAUACAUUUAAUUUAUUAUGAAAACCCGUGUCUAUAUUUUUAGUGUGUCAAUGUAAAAGUUUAUUUAAUAGAUUUUCUACAUAAUGUAUUUUGAACACAUGUAAUAGAAUUGGUAACAAAAUAAUAAUUACUAAAUUCUACUACUAUAUGAAUUCUGGGGGUCUUAUGUUUUAACAGUAGCGCCCAGAGGAUUUUCAAAAGCCAGCGCUGAUAUAUUUUUUGGAACAGCCCACUUGCGCCCAAACUAUUUUUAAUAAAAACGCGUUAAAACCGGGCAACGUUGCCGACCUGUAUGCCGGAAUACAAUGUCAUAAUUGAGGUCUAACCUUUUAUCACAUUUUUAUUUUUAGGGUUUACGUAAAACGUUAUACCCUUAUCGAUAUAUUGGUGAUUUUAUCUUGAUUGCACUCCAUGACGGUUCACUUUGUGAAUGCGUUGUGCAACGUAACACAACUUGCAAGCACAAGUUCCACUUGUAAAAUCGUGUAUGAUCGUGUUAACAAUAUUAUAUUGAUUACGUGCAAAUCUAAUUUAAACUUUUUGUGCAAUAUUAUAAUACACACGUCAUAUUUGGCGAUGGUAUAAUUACAUACAAAUUAAAAAUUGUGUUUUAAAAUUUGUUCAUAUGGUCUAAAUAAAGUAUUAUCAUAGUAUAUUUAAAUAAACACGUAUGCAAAUGGAAAGUACCCAAAUCAUCAACUAAAUCAAAACCAACUAAUAUUAAAUUAUUUUAUUUAUUUAUUAUUACAACUACUUACUAUAAUUGUAGUAUCUACAUGUAUAUCUGCAUAAUUAAAGUUUGCCUAUCAUUGUAAAAACAAAAAUGUGUCAAACAAUUAAAUCGAAUAAAUAUUUUAAAAAAAAAAACGCAAAGCUGAUAUGUUCGAAAACCUACUUAGAUUUUUUAAAGCAUUUAAUAACUAGUAGGUAUCCUGUGGCAAUACCAAUUUUGGCUUUUCAAAUGAGAACCUAUAUUUAAAAAAAGAGGUGAUACUGGGGAUGAGAGUGGCCACUGUUGUUGGUAAAAAUUUGGAAGAUAGGAUACAUAAGGUUAUUUCAUUUAUAUCUGUAAGCAACGAUAAACCAUUGCUUGACGAAAGACGAUUCCGAGCACAGUUCGUAAUACAUAAUUUGUAGUGUCGUAAUUUUUUUUGCGAUUUUCGUUUAAAUUUGAUUUCAAAACGCUUAUUAAAAAAAAAAGUCGUCCGAUCAUUUUGGAAACUUUACCACAUCUGGGUAAGUCCAAUAUAAGUAUUAUGACUAAGUUUCAAGUCUUUACGUGUAUUUAUAACCGAAUUACAGUAAAAAAACUUCUAAAAAUUAAAAUUCCUUAAAAGCUCAAAAGUGGCUCAAAAUUCUUGGCGAUGAUACCGUGGUGUCCUAUGAGUUUUUGAUUAAAUCAUUUUUCUGGUAGAAAACGUCGUUCGUGUUUUUACAAAAUAAUGAAAUCGUGAAAUUAUACAUUUUCCUACGUUUUUUCCCACCCAAGUGCUAUUAUUUAAAACAAGGGAUCGAAAAUCAAAAAAUAACCUGUUUAAAGUUCAAUAUAGACAACUUGAGCUUUCAUAAAAGUUGCUCCGCGUAAAAAUCGGAGCAAGUUUACUAGGAAAAAACGUGUCUAUAGACUAGAAAAAAAAACAAAAACAACCAAUAGCUCCCCUCGCUACGUUGAGAAUCUAAAGUAUUGAAAUUUCAUUAGAAUAUAAUAUGAAGUAGAUGGAGCACUAUGAAAACACUGUUCACCGUGACGAUGUGAAAAAAAUGUUUUUUAGCAUCCUAUUUAUUCUUCGUAUUUUAGUAAGUAGAAUAACUCAGAAACAUCGAUUUAAUUUUGAUUGCAAUCUUUAAAUAUUGGCGUAUAUUUAAAGAAAAAUCAUCUGAUUUAUAAUUUUUCACUAAAACAUGUAGGGUCUUAUUUGAAAAACAUUGGUUUCGUCACACUUUACUACUUAAUAUGUUGUGAAAAAUCUGAUUAUUCUAAAAUAUCGGUUUUAACUACACUUAAAAAUCAGAAUUUGAAUAUAUGCAAAAUUAAAAACGGAAUGAGCGUGUUUUAUCACCAUGUAUAUAUAAAUAUAUAUAUAAUAGGUUCAGAUUAUUAUUGUAAAAUCGAUAAAUAAAGAUUCCUGUUUACAUAAUAUACAUAUAUAUAUAUUUUUUUAUAACCGACAGUACCUAAUUUAAUGUUGUUUUAUUAUCUAAAGAACGUUAUAAUAUAAACUCAGUACACGAAAAUGAACAAAACAAGCAAUUCAAUCCCUUUAUCUAUGAUUUUUAUUAUAAUACACCCACAGACUGUCUAAUUUUAAAUGAUUUAUGAAACACAAGUUAUAAUAAUUUUCCUUCACGUAGUAUUUUUUUAUUCUAAAUUUAAUGUACUUAUUUUGUAAUUAUUCAGACCCAAAAUAUGAUAAUAUGUUUGAAAAUGGAAACUACAAAAGACGACGAAGAAUGAAAAGACCGUACAGAACAACACCUUAUAGUAAACCUGGACCCUAUUUUGGACCAGAUUAUUAUAGUAAAGGUGUUGUAGGACCACAUACUACGAAUUUUGGUUCAAAUUCAAAUAUAACACCGAUAUUUGAUCACAGGUUUAUACAUUCAUCAAUAAUUAUGUACAGUUAACAUUGUGUAAGGUACCAAUACCAAUCUAUUAUAUAUUUCGUUUCAGUAAUAAUUGGCACAUAUCAGCUUAUCCGGCAGUUCCUCAAACGCACCAAUUACAUUAUUCCCAUCAGGUUGCAUCAUCUCAGGUAAGUGGUAUUUUAAUUAUUUUGUCAUUGUGUCUUCAUUUUAGAUGAUGAACGGAAAGAGCAAUUAUCUGAUAUUUAUAAAUUGAAAACUGUUUAUUUUUAUUAAUUUACCUACAAUUAUUAUAAUCAUAUGUUGUAGUUGCAACCAGUGCAGUCUGUUCAGAUCUCAUCAAUGAAUCAUUCAAAUUACAAUCAUUUACCAACAUCAAUGUGUAAGAAAAGUUUGUACAUUUACAGACAGGGUCAGACUAACUUAAUUCACGGUUUUAAAACUUCAGGCCAAGCGCCAACUUUGACCAACAAUUAAUGAAAAUAACAAAAUUAAUUUUUUUAUACAAAAAAAAUACUAGUAUUAUGUUAUUAUGAUAAAUAAAUAACAACAAAUAAAAAAUCUGAUUUCGAGUAUUUUUAUAUUGUUGCUUUUGCAAGCACUUAUUUGAGGAGGGAAAAUGUGUGAUUGGUCACUCUGAAUUUUUUUUUUGUACAAACCUAUUGUUAUUAGUGACUACGCUCUUUACAAAACAUACAAAAUUGUGUUUGUGAACUGAAAGAUUGCACUAAGAAUUUAAAUUGAAAUUAAUCCAUAUGACACUUAAUACAUGUAUAUUGUUUAGAGUAUACAUCAUUAUAGUAAUAAAUGCCAAACAAAUUUAAAGUUGUACUAAGAACCUUCAAGAAUAGUUAAAUUUUUGUCCGACUAGCCAAAUUAUAGAUGACAGGCCAGUACUCCUCUGUUUACAAAUUAAAUUAGUUUUUGUUUACAUAAUUUUAGUAAUUACAAGUAAUUUUUAAUCAUUUUUUGUGAAUUUCUAAUGUAUGCUUUUUUAAAAUAAUCUAUUAUACGAAAUGUAUGUUAUUUAAAGUUUAUCUUAACAUAUUUUUUAGCGAGUCAGAGUCAUUUUAGUGGAUCAUAUCCACAAUGCCAACGUCGUCCUCAACAGGAAUUUUCACCAGAUACUACUCGUCAGUAUUCUUCGUAUUGGGCCACAUUAACAUCAACUUCUUCGCCGGAUCAUAUGCACUCUGGUAAAGAAAUUUAAAUUACAUAUUAAUAGUUACAACAUUCGAUAUAAAGUUUCUGUACUUAGGAUCUGAAUUUGAUUUUAUGAAAAAAUUUAAUCUGUUUAUUUAGUAAAAGAAGAACAUAUGAAUCUUAUGGAAAAACCACAAGAUACUUUGAACCUUGAUCAUUUUGAAGCACAGCCUCCAAAUGUAGAUUUUGAAGUAACAGAUUCGCUACAAAAAUGUUAUUUGUGAAAGAAGUUUAUAAAAUAUAUUUUUUAUUUUUGGUUCCAUAGUAUAUUUUUUGUAAUGUAAGUAAUUCAGUAUUAAUAAGUAACAAAGUAAUAUAACAAGAUUUUUGUCUAAAUUUAAAGUUUAUAUAAAUAUUAUUUAUCGCAAUACUAAUAUUUUAGUCAGUGUUACUAAGGGGAAUUGAAUGAAGAGGCAGAUUGAGAUUUAUAUACCUACUUAUGAUUAAAAAUCUUCACGUAGGUAACUAUUUUGUUUUAAUAUAAAUUAAAUAUUAGGCGCCUACUUUUUUAUUUUUUGAAUCACUUCUCAAUAUAUUGGUUUUAUUUGUGUCAUUCAAUUUAUAAUUUAGUAUUUGUUGAAAACGAUACAAAUUGCAUCCUUGUUACUUAGACAUGUAAUUUAUGUAUGAUUCUUAAUGUUUUGUUUUCAAUAUUGAAAUUAAUUUACAAUAAACUGAAAUAAUUUUUAUUAUUCAGAUAAAAGUACCUGUAUUAAUUGAUCUGUAAUCUAUGGUGGUUUUGUUAAUUAAAUAUUUUAUUAUACCUACUAUUAUUUUAGGGAAAACAAUACUUUUUUAUAAUUUUAACUUUAAUUGUAUUUAAUUUUUAUACUUAAAAUUACAAGUACAAACAAAAAUAAAUAUUUUAAACUAUGAUAAAAUAAAAUAAGUCUGCCUCUGAUUUAUAAUACUAUUUGUAUUAAUUUUGUAUUUUUAUAUUCAAAUUAAGUUUUUUUUUAGCCUCAAUAAUUUGUUUUGGUAACUACUUACAUUUUUAUUAUAUUGUUUUAAUGUAAGUAUACUAAAAUUUAUAUUUAGCAGUUUGUGAUUUUAAAUAUUAAAUUUUAAAUACAAAAUUUAAUUUAAUUAUAAUAAUUAUUAUUUCUAUAAAUACAUAAAUAAUCUAUAAAUCAUAUAUUUUAUACAUAAAAUUUAAAAAAUUUUAUUUUAUUUUAAUAUUGUACUUACUUUUAUUGAAAUUUCCAAUUUAUGUACCAAUUUUUUAAGUUAUUUUUGAGAUACCUACAUAUAUAUUGUAUAAUUUUAAAUUGGAAACAAAAUUGUUUUUAAAAAAUAUAUAAUAUUUAUACAUAGGUACAUAUUCUAUGUUACAUAAUAUAUUUUUUAAAAAAUACAAUUAUUUAUGUUUUGAAAAUACCUAAUAUAAAGUAUGUUAAAAAAAAAAAAAAUAAAUAAAAUAAGAAUUCAAUGAAAUAAUAUAUUCAUGCAUAAUGCAAAACAAUUUUUCUAAUUAUUAAGAAAACUGCUUGGAUGGAAAAUCAAAGAAUGAAUUACUUAUUCACCAACUAUAUCCAAAGUGCUAAAAAAAAGAUAAAUUAUCAUUUUUUGAUUGAAGUACUUAUGGUAAAAGUUUUUUAGACAGAAAAAAAACAUCAGUAAAAUCAAUAUAUUUUUAAUUCUGUUUAUGUUAAAAUAUCAAUUAUUUCCAGUAUAGAUUCAAAUUACAAAUGGGUGUGAGUGCCCAUCAUCGUGACCUCUCGUACUAUCUACUUUGAGUCCAGUAACAGGAUUAACUUAAAUUAUUAAUUUUUAAUUUUCAGUAGAAAAGACUGUAAAGAAAAAAAAAAUAUUAAACUAGUGGAAAAUUAAAUAGUUUAAAACUUAAAACCUGUUGGGUGGAACAGUCAUGAAAAACAAAGCAUUAUUUUGUAUACAUUAUUUAGCGU